AUGAGUGAACUUCUGUUGAUUAUGAAUGUUAGAAUAGAUGAAGGAAGAGAGGGUACAAUAAAUGUACAUUUGGGAGAUGAUCCUGAAGUGUUAGCUAGAGAUUUCUGUAUUCAAUACAAUGUGAAUUAGAAAUUGGUUCCCUUAUUAAUAGAGAAUAUAAAUAAAAAUUUGGAAGUAGCUGAAUUAUAGAAAGUUAAUGUAAGAAAAAGAGAUUAAUGUAUAGUCUGGUUAAGAUACCAUGCAAUAUUCAACAGAAACAUGUAAUUCAAAAUUGAUGGAAACUCCUUUUAAUGAACCAUUACAGUAAUUAUCAACAAACAAUUAUUACUCUACUCAUUCAUCAGUUCAUGAAAGAUUAUAUGAAGAUGCAAAAAAUAAGAGAUUGAAAUAAAAAUUAAAUAUAUCAGAUAGUAGAUCAAAGAAAAUCAAAAUUUAGGAGCCUGAAAUAAAUUAUGGGUUAUUUCUAUAUUAGAAGGGUUUAAAAAAGAAUGAAGAAAAAUAAUAGAGAGCAGAGAGUGCUAAAAAAGAUUUGUAGAAUUCAUAAUUAAUUGAAUGUACACAUCAUCCAAGAAUAAAUAAUGUAUCAAGAUAAUUAGCAAAACGUAAAGGGGAAUGUGUGAGUGAACAUUUGAAUAGAUUGGCUUAAGAAUAAAAAAUAAAAAGAGAAAAUGCAAGUCAAUAACAUUUAUAGACAGAAGUAUAAAGUUGUUCAUUCAAACCUUAAAUUAAUAGAAUGUAUUUAAAAUAUACUUAUCUUAAUAGAUCAAGAUAUAUAGUAGAAGAAAGAAAUGAUAGAAGUAAUUAACCAUGGUAUUAAUCAUUAUAUUCUGAUUAUGAUUCUAAGAGGUAAAAGUUGGAGUAAUUGGAAAAAUAGUAUUUUUCAUCAAAUUAUACAUUUCAUCCUAAAAUAGAUAUGAUAUCAGAGAAGAUUGUAUAGGGAAGUAGUUUUGAAUAGAGAUAGAAGAAUAGAUCAACAUCAAGAUAAAAUCUAUCAAUUUGUGAUGAUGAGAAUUAGUUAUUUAAACCAAAAACAGGCAGACCUCCUGAAAAUAGACCAAGAGAUUUAUUUUAGAAUUUAUAUAAUCAAGCAAAGAUAUAAGAAUAAAAAAGAUAGAAUUAAAUUAUCUAAAUACAAUAAUAAUAAAUAAGUUCAUCUUAAGUAAGAGCAAGUGAAAGAUCAAAUUAAAUGAUACAAUAAUAAAUUUAGUAUUCAUUAAUGAAAAUCUUUGAUUCUUUAGAUAGUGAUAAAGAUGGAUUUAUUAAUUCUGAGAAUUGUGAUGUUGGUGAUUUGAAUGAUAAUGUUAUUAAGAUUUUAUCACCUUUGCUAUUGGAAAUGGAAUCUGGAAAUCAUACUUUGAAUAAGAAAGAAUUUAUUGAAUCUGCUGAAAGAUUAGUUGCUAUAUUGUCUCCAUGUGAUAAACAUGAUUUAUUAAAAAGACCAGGCAGAAAAACAGAUAUUCCUCAAUAUAGUUUUAAUGUGUGUAAUUAUUCUUUAAAUAAUAGCCAUCUCUCAAUAAGAGAUCAUAAAAAAUUGUGGCAGCUAAAAGGAAUUGA